UUUCUCAUUAUAAUGACUUACAGAAUAUUUCUGACAAUGUUUAACAUUUUUAUUUUGAAAGUUAUUGCUAAUUUCCGGUCUUUUUGUACCUACAGCACGCUGGCUCACACACGUCCCAGGUCCUAGCAAAGCCAUAGAGUGAUAAUAACAUAAAUGACGAGGUUAAACUCUGAAAGUGAAAGCAGUAAUAUCAUUAACUCUUCAGGUAGUCGCAGAAACCUGACUUUAUCUCAUGCAGGAAGGUAGGUUGUGAUUAUUCCACCUUUUAAUAUUUUUAAACUCUCACAUUAAAUCAUUGGCUGUGGGCGGCGAGGCUCACUGCGACGUUAUCUUAUUCGAAAAUGAAGCCACCGGGUGAAAACACCGGGACAAAAUGAGUGUGUGUGGACGGGGCCGCCGGGCCAAAUAUUGGGUGUGAUUUCUGCACAUUUUCUCGGCAGCGUGUGUGAGCUCUUCCCUCUUGAUAUUGGCCACAGGCUGCUUCCUAUCCGCGCUCCCUCUGCAGCCUUCCAGGACCAACCUGCAAACCACUGAAGCCGACAAGUUUGGAGGAAAAUGUUGGGACUUUAAUCAAUCUGCAGAGCCGAGAUGGAGCCCGCCUCGCUCACGUGGGUAGGCUCACCUUGUGGUUCACACGGACCGUACACAUUCUACAAGGCUUUUCGCUUUAACCUUGGCUGUGAGACACGGCUGCUGUCGCUGGGAGACUUCUUCGUGGUGCGCUGUGAGCCGGGAGAGCCGCUGUGCAUCGCCGAGCUGCAGCUGCUCUGGGAGGAGAGGACCAAUCACCAACUCCUGUCCAGCUCCAAACUUUAUUUUCUCCCAGAGGACACCCCGCAGGGGCGGAGUGCCAGCCACGGCGAGGACGAGGUGAUCGCAGUGUCUGAGAAGGUUGUAGUUCGACUGAAGGACCUGGUCAAAUGGACCGUAUGGGACCAGCACGCCUGGGACAGAGGAAUGAAAGCUUUACCCCUGAAGAUGAGCUCCAUAACCACGGACUCCUUCCUCCGUUACCACGACUCAACCCUCAACUGUGGCCUUCACUUCAAAGAUGUCUUAAGAGAGAAAGCAGCACUAGGUAACGGCUUGACCAUGAAGAAGGUGCUGGUCCUGUCCUAUCCCCGGUACUGCAGGUAUCGCUCGGUUGUAGCCCGGAUACAUGAGCAACCCAGAUCUCUGCUGACCAACCAGGUGGUUUUGGCGUUGGGUGGCAUCGUAGUGCUGUCUGAAAACAUGCACAUCCUUUACUGUCGGGACACGUUUCACCACCCCACAUUGCUGCACAACCAGAGCAUAUGUGAGGAAUUUGCUCCCAAUCUGAAGGGCCGUCCCCGGAAAAAGAAGCUAUCCAAUUCUUUGUUUCGUGACUCUCAAAGUCAAAAGGAGUUAGAGGUUAAAGGUCACUGUCAAAAAUCACUUUUUUCCAAAGAGACUGACGCAACAGCAGGAGGAACCACAGUCAAGGUAACAGCAGACAAAGCAGGCUUAUCCAAACCCAGAGGCAGCAGUGAUGGCAGUAACAGGAUCAAUCACAGUAGCCAGACCACAACACUCGCUCUGUCAGAAGAGAGAAGAGGAAGAGGAAGAGGACGAGGACGAGGGGUGGAGUACAGAGCGGAGGAGCAGGCUUUCCUGGUGUCUCUCUAUAAAUAUAUGAAGGAGAGGAAGACACCAAUUGACAGGAUCCCCUACCUGGGCUUCAAACAGAUAAACCUCUGGACCAUGUUUCAAGCUGCACAGAAGCUGGGAGGAUAUGAACUGAUUACAGCUCGUAGGCAGUGGAAGAACGUCUAUGACGAACUGGGAGGAAACCCAGGCAGCACCAGCGCUGCAACCUGCACACGUCGACAUUACGAAAGACUCAUCCUGCCCUAUGAGAAGUUCAUCAGAGGUGAGGAGGACAAGACCGUCAAACCCAGGAAACAGGAGGCGGGCUCAGACAAAGAAUCAUCCAAUAGUGUCUGUACCCCCAUCCUGAAGACCAAGCCAAGUCCUGAUAAGAAUGAGGAUCACAGCAGACUAGAGUUAAUGGAACAGAAUUCUCAGCUGAAACUUGAACCCCAAAUCUGCAUCACCCGUUUGGAUCCCCUACAGCCUUCACAUAGUUUGAGAAAAAGAGGAAGGCUAACACAGGAUUGUCAGAAUGAAACCGAGAUCCAGCCGAUGCUGGAACAGGAAGAUAAGGUGAAGAGGAAGAGGAGGUAUAGUGGGUGUGACCCCUCCUACCUGACAACUUCUCUAGUGACAAAGGACAACAAGAGUGUAUUUCCACUUGCUGCUCCAAAGAUUUUCAACCAUGCCCACUCAGCGGUGGAUCUGUGGCAGCAUCAGCAAGUACCAUUACAGGAUCAGGGCCAUAUUGAGAAACCAAGAAACCUGAAAUCUCCAACAAUCCCAGAACCCCCCAGUGAACAAGCCGAACUACCAAGGACAGAGGACACUUCUUCAGGCUUCACAACUCUCUUCGACUCCUCUGGGGUUAGCAAUGCGAUUAUGUCUCCACUGGCCAAGAAAAUCCACGGUCGUUCCAACUUUGACCAGCCCCCUCUACUCAUUAACUCAAGUUUAACCAGUUGUAUAACGGAAGAGGCAGCAGAGCAACCAGUUGUAGGCUCAAAUUCCUCAGUGGUGGAACUCAGUCGCCCUUCGGUGAUACAGCAUGUGCAAAGUUUCAAAGUCGAGAAAGAUAGAGCAACAGAGAUUAAAGCAAGCACACCUCUUCCAUUAUAUUCUCACGGACAUUUCCAUCAUGUGCUCCCUUCUCUCCCCCAUCAAAAACAGCCUCGGUGUCCUCUGUCACCUCUGGUCACUCCUAAGAUGCCCAAAUCCAGCUGGACACCUCAAGGCUUCCACAAGGAUCUCUCCUCAUCCUGCUCACAGCCUCAUCAUUGGCACAGGGCAGCUGAUAAAGGUGAUGGGGUGAUUGAUGCUGAGUUAGUUCAUGAUGGAUCUAAACAACAUCAUGAGCAGGGAGCUACUCUCUCAAGAGACCCCGCUAGCUUGGUGGGAUUCCUUCAGUCUGCUGAUGUUUCAAAGUACUCCGCCCAUUCUGACCUGGAAAAAUACUGCAAUCCAAGAACAACAGCAUUUAAUGAGCAACCCACAGAUCUAAGUCUCCCAAAGUCCUCUCCUAAACCACUUACCCAUUCCUACACUGCCUGUCCCCCUCAAGUGUUCUGCAAGAGUACCCCAAUGCUCUCUCAGAAUGGACUCACAGCCAUCAAUAUUGCACAUUAUUCUAUAGCAAGGCAAGUUCCCCCAGUCCUGGUGGCUCCUGCAAACACAUGCAGUCCCAGACAACACCCAGCAGUUGAAUCCUUUACUAGAGCCACUGAGGAAGCCGUGAAUGGUACAGUCCACAAUGGAGGAGGAGUAAAGAAACAGGAAGCAGGAGACGAGGGAGAGCAAAAACAAUUUGAAACGGCACUCUACAACAAAUUGCUGCACAAUAUCUGUGGUGCACGACCCUUCAACGAGCUUGGAAACCACAUCUCAAAGAGGAGGAGGCAAGCUGUUACACCAGCUCCUAAAGACCUCCUUUCCUUGUCUCCUUCUAGGAAGAUCGAGUCACCCAAGGAAUUGGAUAAUAGUUUUGGGAGAGAAAAUGCAGAGGAGGUGGAGGGUGGUCCAGCUGCCUCCUCCUUCUUCCUUCUCAAACCUAUUUCUCAAAUCCCCGACACCCUUAUACCCGCAAGAACCCUUGCACUCACUCAGGUUCGGGACCUAUGCAGGAACACCUUGAGCAUUCCCUAUGCUAUGGACCAACCGCACUCUUCGGACUCACACCUCCAAAACCCACAUCAAUACUUGAAGACUCAAUCAACUGACUUUGUUUCCCCAAUGGUCCCACCCAUUGCCAUCUAUCCUUCGAUCAUACAAAGGCAGCUAUUGGAUCAGACAGCUGCCAGUCCGAUACGUAUCUACCAACAAACAUACGGGAAUGUGAUUCACCAUAGGCUGUAUUCAGUGUCAGUCAACCCACAGCCCACCUCCAGCCAGCUGCACUUAAACUCAGUUCAGCCAAGCACCAAGCUGCCAUAAGGCCGUGGCUCUGGGCAUUACUCUCUCUCGUUACUCAGGUCUAGUUGUUUCUGAUUACUGUGAGCAACCGUAAGUGUGUGUAAUACAAUUUAACGAUACUCAUCUGGAUCACAUGGAUAUGUAUAAUGCAGAGUUAGCUCCUGACUCUGAGUUUUUAUUUCACAGAAGGUUCAUACGAGAACCUUACCUGUCUUGUCUUUGCCUUGCUACAACAGACAGAACAUUUUACAACAAUAGACUUUUUUCAGAAAAGACAAACAUGUCAGAGUAGGUAAAGCACAGCUGUGAGUAAUAAAUGUGAUCACUGGUGAAUUCCAUUGCAUUCUCAGGUUCCCUUGUAUUGUGCAUGUUGGCACUUCCAAACAGGAGGGAGACAGAUUUAAUAAAGGUGGUCCUGGUCUUUCACAGUUGGGAUGUUGUGUUUUGUCCCCAGUCUUGAAGGGCUUAUGGAUUCUGCUGACUACCAGAUGUCACUGUGCUUGCUGUGUUCAACAAAACAAACGAAAGCUCCAAAUCUUUUUUUCCACAUAUACGGGGAGAAAGCCUCAAAGCUUCAUCCACCCAGCACUAGCUCACUGUCGCCUGACACCUGAAAAGAACAGAGUCAUCGUUAAUGUCAGUAACACCUGUGCUUUUCCUACUGUGCCAGGUCAGAAUGUCUGCUGUGAAAAAGGCCCGUCACCAUGGUUGUAUUUAGAGAUUUUGUUAUUUUAUGUCACUUUUAUAGAGUGGGUGUAAAUGUAUGUUGUUAUGAUUAUUUACUUGUGGCAAACAAGAUUAUAUAAGGUCAUAUCAUGAUUCUUCCGACGUUAUGGCAUGAAACACAGGUCAAAUGUAUAAAAUGAAAUUCUCCCAGAGCACCUAAUAUCAGUGUCACCAGCUUGUACACACAGUAGCUUUCCUUAGGAUACACUGAGAUAGAAGCUUGCUUUCACACAGUUUUAUAUUUUAUGUAAAAACACACAUUCCUCACAUAUUUUUGCAAAAUCAUAUUAUUACAAAACAACCAGAUAAUGUCAUAACCUUAUAAUAAAUAAAAAUCUUUGAAUACAAUAUAAGGAUUUGUAAAAUACAGGCCUCACAAAAAUCAUUUUCCCAUUCUCCACAAUUUCCCUACACAAACACAUGCUUGUACAGGAAGGUUCUGCUACACUGGUUUCUUCUGGCAGCCAUAAAUAUGAUCAGAAGUAACGUUUCCCACCCUAUGAUUCAGAAGUUAAAAACAGUCCCUCCCACUGUCAGCUGCUACUUGUUGAAUUUUUGUUGUCAGUAAUAACAGUGUGUUUCCAGAGUGAGCCUUGUCGAAUACACAGUAUCGGCUUCUCAUGAACUGUACCAAAACUGGUACUGAGGUCUGACUGCCAGUCUUUGGACAAACCUGCCAACUAUGAGUGGCUCUGCAUGUGGCAGUCUAAAGACGCCUUCUGGCCAAAGCUGCAGCUGCACUCUUGGCACUGAUACGGUUUCUCUCCUGUAUGUUUCCUCAUGUGGACCACCAGGUUGCCUUUCUGCGCGAACGAUUUGUGACAUUCUUGGCACUGAUAUGGUCUUUCUCCUGUGUGUAUCCUCGUGUGAUUGACCAGGUCCGACUUCUGACAGAAGUUCCUCCCACAGAACUGGCACUGAUACGGUUUGUCCUCUGUGUGGAUCUUUACGUGUCUUAUUAAAGUCUUAGUGAGGGAGAAACAUUUGGUGCAGCAUGGACAUUUGUAGGGUUUCUGUGCCGUUCCUGCUUCGAACUGAACGAUGAGUUCGGUGGAAUUUGCCGAAGGUCUUCUCGGAAGGAUGUUUUUUACAUUGAGGUGUUUGGGCUCUGUCUCGCCUUGAUUCACUGAGAGGAGCGGCCGAUCAUCUGUGGGGCCAUCUGAUACACCACCAUCAGCUCCAGCCAGCUCAGUCUUAAUGUGAUCGACUGGAACCGCAGCUGGGGUGUCUUUAUCUAUAUCAGCGACGGUCUGGAUCUGGUAAAGACAGAGGGGCUGCAGCGACUCCUGAUCGAACUCACUUUUAUCAUAGGGAGUGAUGGUAAGAGGAAGAGGAAAUUUCUUAAUGCCAGAUUCAUCCUGUCUGGAGUCCAGCCAUUCUUCGGUCCUACCAGCAGGUGUCACUGACCUGAGUGCAUCCACCUUUUCACUAGAACACUGAUAUGGUUUCUCCUCAGUGUGUUUUUGUCUGUGAACAAGCAGACUGUCCCUCUGGUCAAAGCUUUUGUCACACUCUUGGCACUUGUAUGGUCUGGCACCUUUGUGUGUCCUGGCAUGGAUGAUGAACUCAGACUUGUGGCAGAAGGUGCGCGCACAGAACUGGCACUGGUACGAGGAUGAUUUUUCCUCUGGGUGCUUUUUGAUGUGUCGCACCAUAGUCUUUUUGGAAGAAAAGCCACUCAGGCAAAUGGGACAUCUAAAUGGUUUCUUCACUUUGAGAAUUUUUAAAGGCGUGUUCAGGUCACACUCCUGCUUCACAUCAUCAUCCUCAAUAUCAAUCAGUAUCUCCUGUUCACUUGGAUCGUUGCCACUGGCAGGAGAGGAGUCUGGACGAGUGCUGUUCAUGUUGGGGCCGUCUUCUGUCAGCUCUGACCUGUUGUUUUCUGGUUCCCAGCAUGCACUGAGGUUCACCCUGGCGGCAGGCAGCUGUUGACCAGACUGCAACCUCACAUCUGUGGCAGACAUCCGGAGAGAGUCUGAAAGGAAUUAGAGGACAAUAUUUAUUUCACAGAUUCAUGAGUUAGAUUACUGUUUGAAGAAUGUAACUGAACCGCAACACAUGCUGACGACAAACAAUGUGGCACCCACACACCCAUUGUUGUCUAUGUGAGCCCACACACCGAACAAUUUUCACACACACUUCCCAGAUCGGCACACUGGCUCCUGUGCUUUAGCAAGUCUUUCUGUCUAUGUGUGUGCUACAGGCAUCAAAUGAGACAGCACUACGUACAGCCAGUGUACACAUGGUUCUUUCCCUUGCUCUGCUAUCUUUAGGCUCCAGGUCUGUUCUUAAUGGAGCAGCUUGCGUCUCUGAAACGUGAAAUUCACUCACUCGUGAAUGUAAAUGCCUGUAUUUAUUGCCGAUUUAAUAAAUACAUUUUUAAUGAAA